ACUGGAGAUGGGACAGAUGGGAGGACGUCACUUUACAUUCCCAAUCGGUGUCCCCGGUUAUCUGACCUGUCGACAUGUCUGGAGAGCGGAUAGCACUGCCCACCUGUAGCCGGACCAGGUCGUACGGCAGCCUGGUUCGGUCCCCGCUGACUCCGACGCACCACGGGCGGGUAGAACACACCCUGCAGCCCGGGGAGACGCUGCAAGGCCUGGCGCUCAAGUACGGAGUGACGAUGGAGCAGAUUAAGCGAGAGAACCGUCUCUACACCAACGACUCCAUUUUCCUGAAGAAGUCCCUGUCCAUCCCCGUCAUGGCUGAGCUGGACGCCUGCAUGGCCACGUCUGUGGAGGGGGGCCGGUCUGCGCAAGGGAACGAACUGCUGCAAGAAGAUGGCCGAGAUAUCACCGAGCUCACGCCAAACGAUUUUCUCAAACGAUUAGAUGGUUUGAUAAGUCAGUCCAAGCACGCUGCUGUCAAAGGAUGCCAGGAUGCAGAGAAGAGGAUUACAGCGCUUGAAGCCGUCUGCAGCAGAGGCACUUCCUUCAGAAGAUCUCAAAGCGCCAUUUUAGCUUCAGAACAGAACGAAGCAGUGACUGUCCCACAGACUAUCACCAGACUGACCCGGAAGAUGAGGGAGAGGGAGGAUGAGAUUUUUGAACUUUAAAAACAAAAACAUUGUCACAAAGACUUAAAAAGGUUUGAAUAGUGAGCUGCGCUGUGAACUGACAACGUUUUAGUGAAUGAAUUGGAUUGUGGUUUUCCAUUGGUUCACUCAGGGACAUGGUAACUGGAUCAAAACUAAUGGAACAAUCAGACUUUUUUGUGUCUAAUUUAUAUUUUUGGCAUUACAUUUUUCUAAAACAGUUGUUACAAUGAAUGAUUUUUAACAUUUUAUUUACUGAGGUUACUCGAUACCAAAUAGAGCAAAUUCUAAUUUUGUAUCAACUUAAAUGAUCAGGAAAUAUUGAAAUGAAAUGCAGAUGGCACUUACCUCCUUGGACAAAAAAAAGGAAAAAAAAAUCUAACCCACAGCAAUAAUUACUGUCAAAUGGUUUCUGAAAUUGUAUUUAAUUAAUUUUGUUAUUUUUGUCCUGACAUUUUCACACUGUACCAACCAGCGUCUCCCUGGUAACCACAAAGCUUUUGCACUACCUACUGAUAAAUACACGGUCAGGAUCAUUUUGUUAACUAGUAACUGUACACACUUAAAGCUGCACUAUUUACAUUUUUGAUGGGUCUGCCACCUGCUUGUCUCCAUGGAGAUGUUAUUGCUUUUUCUGGAAUAUUCCACAAUACGGCAUUAAGAUGAUCUAUCAUGCAUUUAUCCAAUUACAUUUGUUUAUACUGGUAAAAAACAACUUGAUAACAUGCAUUCUUACAGUAAGGGGGGAUGACUUUCCAUAGAUCUGACCUGUAACUGUUUAUGUCAUACUGUGGUACAUUUGGGGCAAAGAAAUUACAUGGAGACAAGCAGAUAGUGGACUCCCCAACAGGAAAGUUACAUAGUGUCCCUUUGGGGAAAAAAAUAAUGUGUGAAUUCACUGUACAAUGUUUUUUUUAAUUUUUUUUUUAAAUUAUGACCUGGUAUAGAACUGACCGUACACUGUAUAGAGAACUGACAGACCAGUUAGCAAAGGAUGUUUUUUACAAUCUAGCUGCUGAUACAGGAAUACUUUUGUUUUAAAGGGUCCGUAUUACACGAUGUUCUGACUUGUUAUAAUGUUUCCUCAUCAAAAACAUACUCAGAGUUGUGUUUUGUUUCAUUCACACAUUUAACACACAAACCCUGCGUAUUAAAGCUGAGUUCUUCUUGCAAAUCGAAAACUCUGUGUUCCAUGUGGUAAUACAGGAAGUGCUCCACUGUGUUUUUAAAAUCCAUACACCUUCAUUAGAAUCAUAAAUGAUUAGGGGUGUAACAGUAACCGAAAUAUGGUGAUAUCGUAUCGUCAGAGUUCUCACAAUAAUAUCGUGGACCAUCACAAUGUAUCAAAUUAGAAGUCUCUUUGCUUAAAUGAAGAUUUAUGGUGCAGCAAUAGCUAAAAAAAAAAGACAAAGGGAAUUAUAUAGACCAUGGUCCUUUGCUCCAUUUCAGUGUAUACUACAAGAAGAAAUAACAGUUCUAAACACUUCUUAGUUAUUUGGAUUACGUUUUGUCAAGGCAUUUUAAGAGGAAAAAGUACUGUUUGCCUCCACAAAAUAUCUCAAUAAAGAUCAUACUGUUAGUUGUAUAUCAGGAAAAUAUCGUACCGUGAGAUUUGGAUAUUGUUACAUCCCUAAUGGUGAGCCUCCCCACCAUAUCAUGAGCUUUCCCACAAUAUCAGAAUAAAUAUCGUACCAUGAGGGUGAUACCAUGACAAUAUCGUAUCGUGAGACUUGGAUAUCGUUACACCCCUAUACAUGAUAAUUUCAGGACUGGAAUUGACAAUUUCUACUCAACUGAAGGUAAACAGUAGCUAAUGACUAAACUACCAUUUUGUAUUAUUGAAAAACAUAAUACAAAAUGGUAUAACAUUUAAAAACUACUGAAAAACUACCACUACAUGACAAAAUGCUCUGUUCCACCUUGUCAUCACAAGGUGGAACAGAGCAUUUUGAGCUUUUGAGACUAAUAAUAAAGGAUUAUUCAAACGUGUGAAUGAAACACAACACAACUCCUGGACUGUUUUGAUGAGGUAACAACAUUUUAACAUGUCUUAAAGCUCACAAGAGUCAAUUUAGCGUAAUAUGUGACUUUCAUAGAAUAGUUUUGUUUACCAAAGUUGCCGUUUUACAAUGACAUUUGUCCUCAGACUUCCUCCAGCUCCUGACUGGCUCUGCUGAUUACAUAACAGGAGGCAGACUGUGUAGCACUGAUUUGACCGCUCCCAUGUGACAAUGGGACGUGAUCAUUCUGGAACAAAGUGUGUUUUGUUCUGGAGACAAAUCGCCACAUGUCGAACAGAACCAGCUAUAAUGACGAUACGCUGUCUAUUGUGGAACGAGCUGUACCUGAUUUUUACUCUCUUAAAAACGUGAAAAAUAGAACUACUUUUUUAAAAUGGCUUGCAGUUGUCCAGAGUUAUUCCUCACUGACUUUAUGCAUUCAGAGCAUUUUCAUUAUUUUAGUUUUGUCAUCAGGAUAAUGCUACUGAACUGUAAAAGUAUCAUAUGAAAAAAUACAUGUAAGUAAAAGUAAAAAGUACUUGUUUAAAGAGUAAAAAGUAAAGGAUUUUGAGAUAU